GUGAAGUCCCGAGGUGCAAAAUGCGACAGUCACGCAAAUUAUAUCAGGAGUGAUUUCUCUUUUUUUUUUUGUUGACGUGUAAUAGUUGUUCGUCUUUCACAAGCGACUGUGAGUCAAUCUUCCUUUUACACACACCGGUUCACUUCAGAGCUGACGUCAGCCAGUUAGCUUUCUGGUUAGCAGCUUAGCUAAACAGCUUUCUAGAUAGCGAUGGAGGGCUCCAAGUCGUCGAGCACAACGAUGCAGGUCAGCUUCGUGUGUCAGAGGUGCUGCCAGCCGCUCAAACUGGACACAUCCUUUAAUGUGCUCGAUCGGGUCACAAUCCAGGAACUUAUAACUCCAUUGGUCACAGUGACUCCCAGCAAACAGACUGACAGUAGUGUGGGGGAGACAGUACAAGAGGAAACAUUUGUAGAAAAUAAGCAAGAUGGAGUGUCGAGAAAAUACAUCCCCCCUGCACGCAGGAUGAUGUCCACAGAGAGCGCCAACAGCUUCACACUGAUUGGAGAAGCAUCUGAUGGAGGCACUAUGGAAAAUCUAAGCCGGAGACUGAAGGUGACCAGUGACCUGUUUGACAUCAUGUCAGGUCAGACGGAUGUGGACCACCCACUGUGUGAGGAAUGUACCGACACCCUACUCGACCACCUGGACACACAGCUCAACAUCACAGAGAACGAAUGCCAGAAUUACAAGCAGUGUCUGGAGCUGCUGUCACACCUGCAGGUGGAGGAAGAAGAGACAUUACUGACAGAGCUGCAGCAGCUGAACGAAGAGGAGGAGGCUCUGGUCCAGGAACUGGAGGCGGUGGAGGAGCAGAGGGCCGCUGUAGCCCAGGAACUGACCCAGAGCAGGACCCACUCACAGCAGCUGGACACAGAGGAGCUGCAGUACCAAAAGGAGUACAGUGAGUUUAAGCGGCAACAGCUUGAGCUGGAUGAUGAGCUGAAGAGCGUUGACAACCAGAUGCGUUACUGCCAGAUUCAACUAGAUCGCUUGAAAAAGACCAACGUCUUCAACGCCACAUUUCACAUCUGGCACAGCGGGCAGUUUGGUACCAUCAACAACUUUCGUCUUGGUCGACUCCCCAGCGUCCCUGUAGAGUGGAAUGAGAUCAACGCCGCCUGGGGGCAGACGGUGCUGCUUCUCCAUGCUCUGGCAAACAAAAUGGGACUGCGUUUCCAGAGAUAUCGCCUGGUGCCAUAUGGAAACCACUCAUACCUCGAGUCCCUGGCGGACAAAUCCAAGGAGCUUCCACUGUACUGCUCUGGUGGCCUGAGGUUCUUCUGGGACAAUAAAUUCGACCACGCCAUGGUGGCCUUCCUAGACUGUGUCCAGCAGUUCAAAGAGGAGGUGGAGAAAGGAGACACAGGCUUCUGCCUUCCUUACAGGAUGGAUGUGGAGAAAGGCAAAAUCGAGGACACGGGUGGCAGUGGUGGCUCCUACUCCAUCAAGACCCAGUUCAACUCUGAGGAGCAGUGGACCAAGGCACUCAAAUUUAUGCUCACCAACCUCAAGUGGGGACUGGCCUGGGUCACCUCACAGUUUUACAACAGAUAAACCCACUGGACGGACGAUGCCUUGGGAUGUCAAACCUCACCCCAUAGUCAUACACCCUCCCCCCUCCCUCCUCUAAUAACUGGAAACCGUGUGACUCUUAUCUGGAUACAUGGGCAACAGAAAAGGAAUGGUUACAUCAGUGCCAUUUUGCACCAUGCAUAGUGCACGAAGCAGUGUCAAGAUUUUUUGUUUUUACAUGUUCCAAAGAGAUCAUAUGAGUGGCUGGAGAUAGAGAUUUGAAGUCCACUAUGGAAGCAAUAUGGCAGAGGAUGUCUCUCUGUGGUUUAAAAGUGAGGAUGAUAACUGCAGGUAUGUCUCCUGUGUUGAUGUGCUUCACUUGUUUAUAUCUGGCAUUUUCCUACAAGUGUAUUAAAACAAUUUCUCUCUCUCCCUCAGAUUUGAAUGUACUUUAAAAGAAAGCUUCCCCCAAAUAGUUUUAAUGACUGUCAACUUCACCAUCUCCGUUUGCACUGCAUAACUAUGUAAUCACUGUCAGAUAAUUGUCUCUCCACAUUGAGAAAACGUUUUUUUUCAUCCCAGUUCUAAGCUGCAAGAUUUUGUGAUAAUUGUGGAAAGAGUUUAGUAUUCCACAAGAGUGUCAGUAUUUCAUUAACCUCAAAUGCAGUUUAUUCAUUUGUUACACACACUCACACUGCAGGCAAACCGUUGUAUUUAGAGAUGCACUAAGUUACGUUGUAUUCAUUCUCUGCACCAUCACAUGAAUUUGCCUGCUUCAGAUAUGACGAAUACUUUUAUUGACGUGUGAUUUGAGUUAAUAAAAAAAACUUAU